GGUGGGGGUGCGGGAAAGGCGCCCCGUGUGCAGCCUGAGGAGCGGCGGCGGCGGCGGGAGCAGAGGGAGGGAGGGAGAGCGGGCGCGCUUGUCAUGUUCCCUCUCUCACCCUGGGGGCAUCCUGCAGAACCUCUCCUCGGAAAUCCACGGGGAAAUGGCAAACAGGAUUGACGGGUUUCACACGCUCCUCGCUAGACAGAGCCGCUCAUUACCAUAACCGUCUGCAGCGACGGCGGCGCAGCGCCCCAGUCGCGGCGGCGGGACCUGCCGGGACCCUUGCCCGCCGCGCACCCGCAGUCACCGCCGAGCGGGCGGCCGGGCCGGGACCCGCGAGUGUGCACCGGCGGCUGGGCUGGCGCCGAGCCCAGAGCGGACCAGCAGCAGCUCAAGCGCUGCGGCCGCCGCCUCCCCGCUGACCCCGCGAUCUGAGGCUGUCAGAGAUGACUCUGGUUCUGUCCAUGAAUAGAUUCUGCGAGCCCAUUGUCUCGGAAGGAGCUGCUGAAAUUGCAGGGUACCAAACACUAUGGGAGGCUGACAGCUACGGAGGCCCAAGCCCCCCAGGGCCAGCACAAGCUCCUUUGCAGGGAGACCGGGGAGCUGGUCCCCCACUGGCAGGAUCACAUUACAGGGGAAUUUCAAAUCCUAUAACAACAUCCAAGAUCACAUACUUUAAGAGGAAGUAUGUGGAAGAAGAGGAUUUUCACCCACCACUCAGCAGCUGUAGCCAUAAAACCAUCUCAAUUUUUGAGGAACGAGCCCACAUCCUUUAUAUGUCCUUAGAAAAGCUAAAGUUUAUCGAUGAUCCUGAAGUGUACCUCCGAAGAUCUGUCCUUAUAAACAAUUUGAUGAAAAGGAUCCAUGGAGAAAUUAUCAUGCAGAAUAACUGGUGCUUCCCUGCCUGCUCUUUCAAUGGCACCUCUGCCCAAGAGUGGUUUAUGGCUCAAGACUGCCCUUACCGAAAACGACCCCGGAUGGCCAAAGAGGAAUGUGAAAAGUUUCAUGCCUGCUGCUUUUACCAAGAAUGUGGUGGCCACUACCUAAAUUUACCCCUUUCUGUCAAUGCUAAUGUUGGAAGUGCCUCCACUGCUGCCUCCUCUCCCUCCGCCUCUUCUUCCUCCUCAUCUUCCUCCUCAUCUUCCUCUUCCUCUCCCCCUUUGCCUUUACCGAGUUGUUCCCACCAGGUGGAUUUUGAUGUAGGUAGUGCAUCUAUUUACAAGAGUGAUGGCCAGAUACCUGCCAAUGAAAUCUUUGUCACUAAUGUCAGAUCACUUGGUGUUCAGGAAAAGGCCAAAUUAAAUGAUGAGAAAGCAAAUAAUGACACCAACAGAGAUGGCGGCCCCCUCAGCCAUGAACCUGUGGGAAAUGACCUUGCUUUUGAGUGCAAAGGCCAAUUUUAUGAUUAUUUUGAGACCGGAUAUAAUGAAAGAAACAAUGUAAAUGAAUCUUGGAAAAAGUCCUUACGGAAAAAGGAGGCUUCACCACCAAGUAACAAACUGUGCUGCAGCAAAGGAAGUAAAAUAUGAGCCAUCUUCUCACUGAACUUUGAAGCAUGCACAGCAUGAUCAGUUAGCUCUCAUAAAUUUUAUUUUGAAUGGAUUUUGUAGUUUUGUACAACAGAUAAAAUUAUGCCAUGAACAUGCCGUGUCGUUUUAAUGCCUGGAGAGCAGAUUGCGUAAAACAUCUGUAUAGCAGGCAUCAGCGAGCUUCUUAUAAAUGUGGUGAUUUUUACCAAGGAAACGAUUGACUUAAUGCUUAAAAGUAUAUCAUAGUUUUCUUACGGAAAAGAUCAGUAGAUUAGAUUGGGGGACAAUGUGCCCUUGCAAUAUUUCCAUUGCCCCCCAAGGAGCCUGUCCCUAGCUAAGAAAUUUCUACAUGUUUGCCAGUUAAUUAGGGAGUUAUUUGGUAAGCAAAUCAAUAUAACCAGCAAAGAUACCUGCUUCUUCUAUAUGAUACAAUAUUUUUUUUAAAUAAAAGACUGAAGACAGGGAGCUAGAUGAAAUGGCUUAAUGGUGCUGUUAAGUAUUUGUACCUAACAGUCUUGUGUGACAGAUGAAAAUAGGAUGUAACAUAAUGAAACACACCUGUCUAGGGGCGGCAAUCAACAGUCUUACACAGAGAGGGUAUUCCCUGCAAGUUUCUGGCUUGCCUGUGAUGGGUGAUGAGGCUUUUAGAGAGGUGUUAUACAGGGCGAUUUUUGGUGCCUUACUUUAUCUUAAUUUUUGCCAAUGUGAAAAUUAAGGAUAAAUCAGAGUUACAGCAGGGAUUUAACAAACAGGACAAAAAAAAAAAAAACAGGGUGGAUCAAUAUGGUUUGGAAACUGUUAACUUUGAACUAUUGUGUUCAGCUUUUGAUUCGACAUCUCUGUUCUUUAUUUUUGAUGCCCAAUUGCUUUUGGAUUCGGCGUUUUUUCAAUAGGGAUGGAGGAAAUGAGAGAGAGAGCUGUUAGAAAGCAGCACGGGCUGCUCGAGCUUUUCUAUGGCAACUGUGUGUUGCUGGGGUUGGGGUUUUCUGGGUUUUGGGUUGUUUUGUUUUGUUUUCUUGUCCAAUGAAGUUCACGAACCAGUGGCAUGCAUUAUACUUUUCUCUGUUUUGCAUCAUUUCACUUGUUGAGAUUAUAAAAGCAUGUGGGUUUUUAUAUAUGAACUUUGCUGUGGAUUAAGAAGCACAAUGUUAAUAAAUGAUGUGGUGAUCAAUAAGGUUUCUCUUAAAGAAUGUAAAGACUUUAGUUUUUUGAAAGUUAUUUUGGAGAACUGGGACUUAAUCUAUAAUAGUUACUAUGUAUUUGGUCUACAUUUUCCAAAUAAUAUCUUUAACUUGUACAUUUGAAAAGUGUUCAGAGUGGCCCUCCUACCAUCCUUCCUUCCACUCCAGCCAACUCUUCCUGCUAAACUGUAUUCCAGUUUCCAAGUUUACUAAUUGACUUGGGCCUGUUCAAAUAAUACUUCACAGAAACCAAAUGCCAAACGGAGGAAAUAAGUAAGCCCUCCCAGUUUCUCCAAGAUAAAGCUUUUUUUAUUAUUGCUAUUAAUAUUAAAUAUAGGUCUCAUUCAUACAGUGUAUGAGUAGGAUCCUUUGGACAAUUGUCCACAAAGACCAAUUUUUAAAACAUUUUCUUGUGUUAUAGUUAAAUAGUCUAGUAAUGUUUUGUCCUUUAUUUUCAAUAUUUGAUAAACAUUUGAUGUUCAAAACUUAGCUAAUAGAUGCUUGUAUAUGAAUGUGUUGUAAUAAAGUGAGGUUUUCUUGAUAUAUAUUUAUUAAGAUGAUAAAAAUUCAUUAAGAUUUUUUUAAAUUUUAA